UUCUACCGGCUGCACGCUCGCAAACUUGUUACGUCGUCUUUCCUUCACUAAUUUCAAUAACAAAUUUGUUUUAUUAACUUAAAAUGUUGCCAAUUGCACGCGGCUUGUACAGUGGCUUGGCCACCAUAACGCGUUCCAGCCGCGGAGCUCUGCACACGGCCAGUGUUCUUCGUUGUAAAGCGGAGGCAGAAGCGGAGACGACGGACGAAAAGAGUUCGGAGGCAACUGAGGGCGAGGGCGAUGGCGACCAAGUUAGCUCCGGACCUGAUCCGAAAGAUCGCACCAAAAAUAUUCCUGUAGAGACAUCAAUGCGCUACCUAAAGAGCGCUGCCUAUAAACAAACUUAUGGGGAGGAUUUUGUGUGGACGCAGUAUAGGCGAAAUCACAAGGGCAUGUUUGCGCCACGGAAAACUCGCAAGACUUGCAUCCGCCAGGGUCGGAUUGCAACCGGAAAUCCAUGUCCCAUUUGCCGAGACGAGUAUUUGGUCUUGGACUACCGCAACACUGAACUCCUGGAGCAGUUUAUCUCUCCCCACAGCGGCGAUGUUCUUAGCUACUCGCAAACGGGUUUGUGCCAAAAAACUCACUUUCGCCUGAGGGUGGCCGUCCAGCAGGCCCGAGAUUCCGGCUUCAUCACCUACGAUGUGCCUUUUAGGGAGUACGAUUACAGCGAGUACUACAGCCAGAAGGAAAAGCAGAAGGCUUAAAUACUGAUUAAGUGAACAUCUAGAUGAUCUUGCUUGUUAUUAAAAAUGCGAAAAGAAAUUAAUGUUAAAUGGAAA